AUGGAUUAAUCACAAGCUCAACAUAUUUGGAAGAUGCUUGAUGAUAUGGCUGUCUCCGAUCCCUAAGCAUAUAAAUAAUUUGUUGAGAAAAACAUUCAAGCAGGAAUGGAAGAGAUGAAAAUUGAGAAACAGCAAAAAAUAGAAGAAUUAUCUAUUGCACCUCAAUUUGCUUAUUCCAUGAAAAUUUGGGGCAAUCUCCUUAAAUAAUCCAUCAAUGAAUUGGAAAGCAAGCUAUUAUUGAAAUAAAACGAAAUCAAAUAAGAAAAUUUCCAAUUUGAUAAAUUAGAAAAAAGAACCAAAUUUUAUAUCAAUCUACUCCAUCAUGAUCGAGUAUUGGGAGCAUUCGAUAAAAAUGAUACUCCAACAGACAAUCCAGCAUAAUAUAAUUUAAUUCCUCUUUCUAUUUCUGAUGUCCAAAUUGGUAAGUCAACUUCAUUCAAUACCUAAGUAUACUAUUAUGAUAUUGUUAUUAAUACAGAUGUUUUUAAAAAAAUCAAUCGUCAAAUUCUAUAGUCAAUUAUAAUUGAUACAGUAUAGAAAAGGAUAGAAUUAGACAAAAAUCCUGUUAAGUUUGUUUACUUUAAAGCAUUCUAUAAAUUUGAAAUUCCUUCUCUUAAGAUAAUCAGCAAACCAUACAAAUAUUGUGGACCUAAGAAGCCACUUAAAAUACUCUUAGAACCGUAGGCUGAUAAAGAAGGAAGGAAGACUCCUUAGGUUUAGAAUCCAAGGGAAAACAUUUAAUAGAAUCUCAGUUUCACUAGAUAGAAUGAUUCUCUUAAUGAUUUAAUAUUAAAUGCUCAAAAUUAGAGUCAAAAAAAAGCACCAAAUAAAGUUUUAAUUGAGGAAAUUGAUACUAAGAAUGAGGUGGAGAAAUAUCAGGUUGUCCAUUAGAAGGAUAAAAUAUUAAUAACUAUAAAUGUUAAUGUGGAAAACUUUUAGGACAUUGAUCUUAACAUUUCGAGUCAUGGAUUGAAGUUAACAACUAUAAUGGAUGAGAAGAUAGAGUUAGAUUUUGGAUGUUAAGUGGAUGAUGAGCAUCCUUCAGCUAAAUGGAACAAAAAAUAGAAAUAAUUGAAAAUAGUUGUAAAUAAAUUAUUGUGA